AUAGAAACAAAGAAGCAGAAGAAAAUGGUGUCCUUCCGCUUCCCCUUCUCGUUUCCUCAGCCCCCAAAGCACACUCCUCCCACCUACUCCUCCUCCUCCUCUGCCACGUCGCGUCCCUUCUCUGCCACCACCGCCGCCGUAGCCGUUGCCGCUGGUGCCGCAGCAGUCGCCGGAGUGGCUGCUGCCACCCACAACUCCACAAACCAAGCACACCCAUUUCUCCAAAACGCACUGAAUCUCUUCUUUGCCAAUCGCUCUCUGCCACUUUUGGGUUCGCUCUCUCUAAACUACACUUCGAGCUCCGUCGUUGAUUCCAAGACUGGAGCCUCGUUUCCUUCGGUUCUGGAUGACUCUCGCCGACUUCUUGGAAUUGGGUUGCGGAGAAAACGAGUGUUCGGCUUAAAGAACAUCGAUGUCUAUGCAUUUGGUAUUUAUGCUGAUGACAAGGACAUAAAAGAAUUGCUUAGCGAGAAAUAUGGGAAAUUGUCCGUUUCGGAACUUCAGGACAACAAUGAGUAUAGUGAUGAUUUGCUGGAAACUGAUAUAGGCAUGACCGUUAGACUACAAAUAGUUUAUGGCAGAUUGAGCAUUAGUUCCGUGCGUAGUGCUUUUGAGGAGUCUGUUGGAAGCAGACUUAGGAAGUUUGGAGGAUCAGAUAAUCAAGAAUUGCUCCAAACGUUCACUUCCCAAUUCAAAGACGAAUACAAAAUACCAAAGGGAUCUGUAAUAGAUCUCUCAAGGGAACGGGGCUAUGUACUUCGAACAACAAUUGAUGGAAAGGAGGUGGGAAGCAUAGAGAGUAAACUCCUGUGUAAGUCGCUUCUGGAUUUAUAUAUAGGCGAGGAACCAUUUGAUGAACAAGCGAAAGAAGAUGUGAAGCUCAAUUUGGCCUCUCUCCUUCACAAGUAGAUGGGAGAGAGAGACAAUCAAAGAGUCAGAUAUUUUUUCUUCUUCUCCUUUUUCAUGUAUAAUCAUAUUUAAUCAAAUAGAUCAGGAAUAAAAUUUGAUUUUAUUAAAGUAGAUAAUCUUUAUUUCUUCUC